AAAUGUGACAAGUUCUUUCUGUUGUACUAAUUAUGACAGAGACAGGAACGGGGAUUGUAACGUGUGUGCCCCUGGAUACUUUGGGAAACUUUGUGAUGCAGUUUGUCCACGUGGAAAAUUCGGUGAAGGCUGUGCAGGGGUAUGCGCGUGCUCUCUAGAGGAUUGUGACCACGUGACCGGAUGUCCUCUUAUAAGCCAGCUUAGAACCACAGAGGCAGUUACAGGGCUUCAUCUGACAAAAAUACAUAUUUCUACACAAUCAGUAUCAUCGGGAAUAAUAAUAACUGAGCUUCCUAUUCCUUCCACAGAGAGUUACAAAAUAUCAACAUCAGCAACGCUAAAGCCGUAUAUAACAAUAAAAAGCAGAACAAUUUUGUACUCAUCAGGGAUACAAACAACAGAAAUACCUUCUGAUAGAACUACCACGGGACAGUUUAACAGUAAUUAUACAAUCCUGGGUGUAGGAUUGAUAUUAGCUAUUCUACUGAUAGUUGUCAUUGUACAACUCCGAUUGAGAUCAAAAUCUUCACACAAAACAAUUUCAAAGGAAGAAGGGGGAGAAAACAAUGAAAUAAAUGCAUUGAGUGACUCCUCAAAAAUGGACAUCGAUAUAAAACAGUAUAGCAGAUUAAAAGAGGAUAAGGUCAAAGGUCACGUGUAUCAGCGUGUUCAGUCUGAGUAUCAGGAAAUUGAGGAAUGUUUAGAAAUGGUUGACAAUCCAGCUGUGCUCAAAAGUGGUUCUCAGUCAAAACUGGAGAUGGCGGUUGAAAGUAGUUGUUUGGAAAAUUAUAUAGACCCUGUUAUUACAACAGAGAACAUCAGUAGACAACGGCAUUCGUAUAUAGAAAUAUUGGAUACAGAUGCGUAUACAGGGGAUGAAAAUUUAAAUGAUGAAUGUAAUGAAAUCUCAAGCAAAUCAUCAUCUUCAUAUGAUGAUGUUAUAGUCGAAUGUUCCACAGUUACAUCGGACAUAGUUCAGAGAGAUGAUAAUACUUAUCUUGAUGUUCUCUUUGAAUGAUUAGUAUCCAGCCUUUAAGGUCAGACGACACGUUCCUCAAAUAUCUGUUUUGUAUCGAUUGGUGUUAUAUAAAAAAAUAUUCAUAUUUGUCAUUCUCUUCUGAUUUCUACAUUGUUUACAGAAUGUUCUUUAAUAUAAGUACACCAAAAAUUGUGAUAUAGGCCAUUCAGAAGCGUACCCAUAAGGAUUAUAUAAGAACUAUGACCCAAUGGUAUCUUGUCCAAAUGCCUGGUAAGAUACCCUUAUUUUUUUUUUAGGAAACUUGUUUAAUUACAUGUACUUUAAAAACAAAUUCUUAGAAAAAAUAUAUUUUUUUAGGAACGUGUUGUCUGACCUUAAGCCAUAUAAACCAAACAGACGGUCCGCCAAAAAGACAAGGACUCAGAUU